AUGAGAGCCUUCCUCUGGGCGCUGAUUCAGAAUGCACUUCCCCUAGGAGUGAACCUGCAAGUUAGAGGAAACCUAUCAGCUACAAAUUGUGCUAGAUGUUCAAUUCCGGAGACAUCCCUUCAUUGUUUCUUUACCUGUCCAUUUGCGGUUUCGGUUUGGGAUUUAAUUCCCCUACAGAGAGCAGUUCACCUAGCUGGCUCUACUUCAAUUCAAGAGGUCAUCUUUAGCUUACGAAACGCAGUCUGCCUCCCUCCUACAGGAGUCGCUCACAACAUCUUGCCUUGGGUUCUCUGGGCUAUCUGGACUUCCCGUAAUAUCCUCAUUUUUGAGAACCGAGGCCUAACACCUGAGGAGGCAGCCAUCAAAGGGGUGAGAUUGGCUCAAGAAUGGUCAAUGGCGCAAGGUGAACCAAAGAAGAAUAACAAUGUACCUGAUGGCAUAGGAGGUAGCACGGCGCAAGCUUCCCGAUCGCUCCUCCCUGACGAAGCCAUUAGCUGUUCAACGGAUGCGGCGUGGGACAAGACAAGGAAAAAGGCAGGUCUCGGCUGGAUCUUCUCAGGCCCACCUCUUCAAACCCCGAUUCAUGGCUCUAGGAGUCAAGAGUUCAUCGGGUCUCCCCUAAUUGCGGAAGCGGUUGCGAUGCGAUCGGCUCUCUGCAUGGCGUCUUCUCUUGGGUUCACCAACCUUAGGGGUUUCACCGACAGCUCAACGCUCCACGGAGCAAUCUCCGGCAAACUCCAGUCAAAAGAAAUCAUCGGCAUCGUCUCUGACAUCCUUUCGAUCUCCUCUGGAUUUGCAUCAAUCGAGUUCUUCUUUCACCCCCGAUCGCAUAACAAGAUUGCAGACUCAAUAGCCAAAAAGGCCCUCUCCUCUUCUUCUCUGUUAGUGUAUUGA